CACACAUCAGGCAAGAGGGGAGGUACAAUCACAUCAGGCAAGUACGAUGGCCUUGACUACUUCAACAGCUUCCAUCCCCAUCACAACUCUGCUUCCUUUCUUCUUCUUUCUUCACCACCAGGAAUCAACCUGUCCCUUCAUGUUCAACACUUCUUCAAACAUCACCUUUACACAACCAAAAUCUUUAUCAAGUCGUCACAAUGAGUGCAAUCGUUGAAGAGUCAGACACUCCACUCAACGUGCUUGUCUGUCUCUACGAUGGCAUGGACUCGAUGGAUGCCAUCGGGCCGCUGGAGGUCUUCAGCACUGCUCAGCAUGACUCCAAGAACCCAGACACCAAGGCCUUCCGCACCAUCUUCGCCGGCCCUGCUGAGCAUGUCGUCACGGCUCAAGGCGUCACCUUUAGUGCUCACGUCGAUUACGCCGAGGCCAUGAAGCGCUUGUCAGAGAUUGACGUGCUUGUGGUCCCUGGCGGCAACGCCGAAGCCAUUAUCAAGGCGAAGAGUCAGCCGAUAUCCAUCAUCAAGGCUUUCGCCGAAUUGCAACAGAAGAAUCCAGCUCGUGAGCGGUCGCUCAUGUCUGUCUGUACCGGAUCGCUCAUUCUUGGUGACUCUGGUCUCCUAGCUGGUCUCUCAGCUACCACUCACCCGGAUUACAUUACCAAGAUGGAGAUCAUCUGCUCCAACGCUGCACAGCGUGACAUGGCUGAACGCUGUGACGUUGUCGAACAGCGUUACGUGGUCAACAACCUACGUUUCGAAUUGGGUGAAGACGAGGAGAGCAACCCGCAUAUUCUGAGCCGCAAGGAAUUGAAAGAGCAGAAGCGCAGGAAGAGCUCCAUCUCUUCCCCAAUUGAAGAGCGCGGCAACGGUGCGAACAGUACCAACGGGAGUCGCCCUGUCCACGCUCGCAAGGGCAGUAUGUCACUCAAGAUGUCAAACAACCGCCGCGAUAGCAUCAUCAAGCGAGCCAGUCUCAAACUUGGUGGCCUGCGAGUCCUCACGACCAGCGGCGUGACUUCUGGCAUCGAUGGUGCCUUGUAUAUGGUCGGAGCCUUGGUCUCCGACGAUGCGGCCGAUGAGGUCGCGCGCAAAAUGUGUUAUACCUGGAAGAAGGGCAUGGUCGUCGACGGCAUUGACGUCUAGACGGGCCGAAUGCGAUCUAAAAAGUCAGGCGCUCGGCAGCCAUGGACGUGUAGAAUUAUGAUGACCGAGAAGCCACCUCGAACAAAGCGCAGAUAUCACACAGCGGAAAACCCGACUGAUGUAUGAAUGAACGAAUGAUCGAAAUGUGGAAAGUCAUGUGGUG